GCGAGCUUCGCUUCUGCUGUUCGGCAUCCCGCUGGGAAAGAAGGGGUGAGAAACAGCCGCCGCCUCCAGCUCCGCGGCCAGGCACUGUCUAGGCAGCGAUGGCUCUGCAGAGGACCCCGUGCUUGUUUCUGCUCCUGGUGCUGACCCUGCUUGGUUUAGGGCUUGUGCAGCCCUCCUACGGCCAGGAUCGGAUGUACCAGAGGUUCCUUCGGCAGCACGUGGACCCUCAGGUGACCGGUGGCGAUAACAGCUACUGUAACUUGAUGAUGCAGAGACGGAAGAUGACUUCUUACCAGUGCAAACGCUUCAACACCUUCAUCCAUGAAGACAUCGGGAGCAUCCGUGGCAUCUGCAGCACCGCCAGUAUCCAGUGCAAGAACGGCAAGAUGAACUGUCAUGAGGGUGUACUGAGGGUCACAGACUGCAGAGAGACAGGGAGCUCCAGGCCCCCCAACUGUAGAUACAGGGCGAGCGCCAGCACGAGGCGAGUUGUCAUCGCCUGUGAGGGUAACCCCGAGGUCCCAGUGCACUUUGACAGAUAGAUGCCACCCAGGCUUUGUCUUCUUUGCUCGGGUCUUAUACCCAUACACGCUCAGUAUAACCCAUUGUAUUAAGCUCAUCACAUGCAAGAGAAGAAGGAAGGUUCUCAUCAUACUGAUGGCUUGGUUCUCCCAGAUUCUAUCUGCUGGAACUUACGCAUUGCAUGUGCUUAGUUAGCAUUUCGACUAUUACAAAGAGUCUUUGGCUGCCCAAGCUGUCUCAUUCCAAUGCCCUAACACCCACUCGAGAUGCCAAUUCUGCUACUUUAUUCAGAAGCUGAGAGUUAGAACAGGAUUUGAAGACCGUGAAAGCAGUGGCGGAUCUCAGACAAAGAUCCAGCUGACCAGGGUUCCCACACAGGGCUUUACCUGCUUUAUUGUGGAUGCUUUCUGUUAUUUCUGGAUUUCAUCUCUAGGGGGACCAUUUAGAGUCUGGAAAUCACAAAAUGAGAACUCUGAGGUACUUGGUGUUAUUAUGGUCUGUGGCUAGUAAGAUUAAAUAAAAAAGCUAUAUCAAGAAUGUAGUAGACCGCCAAGAUUCAGUCACUGUUCUUGUCUGAAAGAUUUUCCACAUUUUCACUGUGAUAAAGAGCUGUCUGUUGAACCUAC